AUGACCACUGAACCAUUCAAAAACGUUUUAUUAUUGCCACAAACUAACCAAUUACUUGGUUUAUAUACCAUUAUUAGAAACAAGAACACUUCUAGACCAGAUUUUAUCUUUUAUGCUGACAGAAUUAUUCGUUUAUUAGUUGAAGAAGGUUUAAACCACUUACCAGUUGAACCACAAACUGUUGUAACUGAAACCAACGAAAAAUUCGAAGGUGUCUCAUUCCAAGGUAAGAUCUGUGGUGUUUCUAUUGUCAGAGCUGGUGAAUCUAUGGAACAAGGUGUUAGAGACUGUUGUAGAUCAGUUCGUAUUGGUAAGAUUUUGAUUCAAAGAGAUGAAGAAACUGCUUUACCAAAAUUAUUCUACGAAAAAUUACCAGAUGACAUUGCCAACAGAUAUGUUUUCUUACUAGAUCCAAUGCUAGCUACUGGUGGAAGUGCUAUCAUGGCCACAGACGUUUUAAUUAAAAGAGGCGUAAAACCAGAAAGAAUCUAUUUCUUGAACUUGAUCUGUUCUAAAGAAGGUAUUGACAAAUACCAUGCUGCCUUCCCAGAAGUUACAAUUGUUACUGGUGCCUUAGACAAGGGCUUAGACGAAAACAAAUACUUAAUUCCAGGUUUAGGUGAUUUUGGUGACAGAUACUACUGUAUCUAA